AUGGCGGAAGAAGCGCAGACCAUCAACCUCAAGAUCCUCUCCCCCUCGACUGAGGUGGAGGGCGGCGUGAAUCUCGCAGACGUACCCGCUUCAACCACUGUCAAGGAGCUUCGCAGCCGCAUACAGGAUGCGGCGCCCUCCAAGCCUGCUCCUGAACGCAUGCGCCUGAUCUACCGGGGGCGGGUCGUGGCCAACGAUGCCGACACACUGAGCAAUGUGUUCGGUCUUGACAACAUUCGUGAGAGCAAGGACCAGAGCCUCCAUCUGGUACUACGAGAGCUCCCUACUGCUGGGAACCCUUCAGCAUCGCCUGCUCCGCCGUCUUCAACCGUUCCGCCCAAUCUUGUGCGUCCCCAAGCUCCAGCUCUGCCUGCAAAUCCGCUUCAGACGAACCCGUUCAGGACGCUGCCGCAGACUCGACCAAAUUCAAUACCACCAUUGCCGCAACCCCACCAGCACCACCUCCCGGGAGCCCAAGCACACGUGAUCCCCAUUCCUCUGCCUCAACAGGUACAGCACCAACUUGCUCACGCCAUGGCACAGCAAGGACAACAGGACAGCGAGCGAGUUCCAGACCCGACAUCUGAGCAGCCUGGACAAGAGACACAGAGACCUGCCGAUGCCGCUCAGUCGCCGCUUCCCGGUGCAACGCCUCUGCCAGCAAUGGGGCUACCCAAUCUUCCCGGCCAUGGCGACCAACCACUGCGGCGGGAAGGUGUUGGACCCAAUGGGGCGCGGUGGACAGUCACAUACAACCACGUCAACCUACCUGCGCGAGUUCAGCAGCCUCUUCCUGCAUUUGCUCUUCCACAUCCACUGGGCUUCGCUCGUCCACCAAUUCCACCAGGCCUUCUUCCCUCAAUGGGCCAUGACAGUGCACAGCGCUUAUUGCCACGGAUUCAGACCAUCUUCCAGGAAACACAACGGGAGAUGGAAAAUGUUCGUACGCUACUACAGCCCACGCGCGAGCCAAGCACACAAACCGAUCGACCUUCGAUAUCAAACCACCUCCCCUUACAGCUCCCUAUUUGGCGAAUUGACUACAUACGCCAACACCUGAACACGAUCAACCAGAACCUGAACGUUGUCGAGCGGGCUCUUUCCCUCCUGCCUACCGAACCGGAAGUGGUAGCGCUACGACGUUCGGUUACCGAAAUUAGGGUAGAUGCGUUAGAAUUGAACAUCAUACUUGAUCGGCAACAGGGUGGUCCUAUUUCCAGUCAACCAAGCACCCUAGCUACAUCCACGGAUCCGGCGACCGCUGGUGUAUUCACCGGCACAAUACCAGGUGCUCCGGUCAUGACGCCAGCCGUGCCAACUACAUCACAAUCACGAGUACAGAAUGCUACGCAGACUUCGUCUGCAGAUGCACCAGCCGAGUUGUUCCUCUUAUCCAGCCCACAAGGACCUGUUGGUCUUCUCUUUGACCAUCAAGGCACAUACACUACGGCUCCUAUGGUAUCCACAAUGCCAUUCCAGAGCUUCACGACCCAAUUUGUCCAGAAUAGACAGCUUAUUGCUGGGCUAGGGCAGCACAUGGCACAAGGAUCGACCCAGCUGCACAAUCAACUGGCAAACCUCCAAGCGACACCACCACCACCACCACAACAACCAGAGGCUGGUGGUCAGGCUUACAAUCAGGACCAAGCGCACAAUCAGAUGCAGAACCAGAACCAGGAUCCGAUUGCAAAUGCAAACGCGAAUGCGAACCAACCAGAAGAGAAUGAUCGUAUGAUCAACGUUUUUGGGCACUUGUGGCUCAUUUUCAAACUGGCUGCAUUUGUCUACUUCUUUGCAGGAGGUGGUGGUCUCUAUAGGCCCAUCAUGCUCGGCAUUGUUGCCGGUGUGGUUUAUCUGGCACAAGUAGGUGUGUUCCAAGACCAGUUCAAUCUUGUACGUCGUCACUUCGAGGCCCUGCUUCCCGUAGGGGCCCUGGCCGACCGUGUGGCUCAGCCCAACAACCAACGCCAAACGCAGCAGCGAGGCAACCUAUCGCCUGAGGAAGCGGCUAGGAGAUUAUUGCAGCAGAGGAGAGACCAAAGAUUUGGGUGGAUCAGAGACAGCAUGCGCACUGUCGAACGCGCUUUUGCUCUAUUCGUUGCCAGUCUGUUUCCUGGUGUUGGGGAGCGAAUGGUACACGCGCAGGAGGAAAGGGAAAGACUUGAACGGGUGGCAGCUCAAGAAGAAAGGGAACGUCAGGAGGAAGAUGCGAGGAGAAGGGAAGAAGAGGCUCAAGCACAGCGUGAGCAGAGAGAUGAAAACAAGGCUGGAAACGAUCUCGCGACGCAUGAGAGAUUGGAUUCAAAUGCGAGCGCCAAAGGCAAAGAGAGGGCGGGCAAGGUCAAAGGAAUGAACGUCAAACAAGCGGCAUGUCUCAACUGCCGCAAAAGCAAAAUUAAAUGUCGGCGCACAGAGGGCGCGCCGAUAUGCGAGCGAUGCCAGAACGUCGGCAUCGAGUGCAUCAUUCCCGAGUUUCACAUUGGCAGACAAAAGGGUGUAAAAAACAAACGAUCAGGCUUAGAGAAAGCGAUAUACCAGGUCGAGGAAGCCAUUAAGAAGAGGAAGUCGGAUGCAGCUACGAGUCAGAGUACGCUGCAGCAGCUGCAACAACUUCUAAACGAGGCACAAAGGGACGAGGACUCGAACCAGAACCAGAACCCGGACACGUCUCCGGCCUCAGAGGUGUACCCACAAGCAUCAGCAAAUAAUCUCGUUGGUACUUCAAGCGAUGACCAGCUCGCUGUUGAAGAUGUCGAGAACCCGCUCCAGCUCCUCGCUCGGGCAUCGGAUCUACGGAUUGCAACACCACAAUCGUACAAUCCGAGUACCGCCAGUCCAGAAGGCAGGUUCAAUGGCAGCGAACAGAGCGCAUUUCUUGACGUUCACCAUUUUUUCCUGCCUAUGAAGGCAAAUCUUGAUCAGGGCUCAGGAUUGGAUCCAAUCGAUGUUGGUCUUGUGACCAAGGAUGAAGCUGAGAUGCUUCUACAGUAUUUCCACAAAAAACUAGCGCAUACGCGCUGGGGACUCGACCCGUUGGUACACACAUUGCCUUUUGUCCGGAACCGCUCAGCCUUCUUGUUCACUACGUUACUAGCUAUGACUGCCAUCUUUCUGCCAGAAACCUCUGCUCUGGCUAAGCGGCUACUACUGCAUCGCAGGUUUCUGGCAGAACAGGUCAUCACUCGAAAGUACAGAUCUGUCGAAAUCGUGCUAGCUUUCAUGGUCAGUAUACCUUGGAUGCCUCCAGGGUCGCAUGCGAGCGAUGAUGAUACCAGUCUCUACUUGGCUACAGCUCUAUCCAUCGCGCUGGACUUAAUGCUGGAUAAAGUAAUCACACCGUCUAUAUCUUUCGACCAGGAAGUCGUUAGACAGAUACCAAAGGCUGAGUGUCUCCACGCAAGGAAAGCACUUGCUAUGGACGGCUUCGAAGAUGUCGACCCAAACUCGGAAUGGGGCCAACGACUUCUGCGGCGCAGAGAAAGGGUCUGGAUCUCCCUAUUUGUAUUGGAACGUGGAGUCUGCCUAGCCCGCGGCCGUAGCUACUGUGUCCCCAAAACGUCUUUGAUUCAGUACUGCGACAAGUGGCACUUCAAUCAGUACGCUGAUGCCCAGGACGGACCGCUCAUAUCGAUGGCAGUACUCCGCCGCGAUCUUGAUGACCUCUUUGCUGAGGUGCGAACGCGCUGUGAUAACUAUCGUCUUGUCGAGGUGGGCUCAAAGGUCGCCCAAGAAAUUGACGGGUCUAUCGAAAGCUUCUUCGAUAGCUGGUCUCGAGCUUGGCCUUCUGUGAUCGCUGAUCCAGAGAGUAAGAGUCUGCCUCCGUAUGUCGAAAUUCUGGUCACACAUACACGACUUUCGACGUAUUCAAUGCUUCUUAAUCACCCAAGCGCACCUCCAGAAGUCAAGCGGUCAUUCCGCAAGUCGGCACUAUCUUCUGCACUCAAUGUCAUGCGCGCGGCAAUCCAAGGCGAGUCUCGUCUCAAGUCGAUGCCGAAUAACACAGUCACGAUGAUUUGUUUUGCUGCAAGCAUAGCACUCGCUUUGAGUGCUCCUGUACCUGAGGGUAGUGGAAACAAGAAGAGCCUUGCCCCAAGUGUUCGACAUCUCAUCGAAGACACAGCAACGGUUCUUGAGCGUAUAGGCAGCACACCAGUUCAUCGAAACGGUGCCUCCGUUGUUUACGGUCGCUUCUUGCGCGUUCUCGUCAAGCAGGCGCCGGACAUUGAAAGGAUGAUCCGAUUGCCAUCGCACGAUCCUGCACCAUCAUCCAUGGCCAUACCAGACCUUCUGUCGCCGUCAUAUAAGGUGAAUGAAGCAUUGCCCGAGAACCACACGAUGGGCCCGGAUCCGAUUUCUAGCUACUGGCCGGACACGCUUGACUUUUCGGCCAUGUCGUACAAUGAAGUCAACGAGACUGUGACCAACUCAGACCUGUUUUCAACGGCGCUGUUGGAUCUGCCUUGGAAUGACAGCAAUCCAUUAUGGACGGACUGGAUGAAUCUGCCGGACUUCAACUUCCCGUAA